AAAUUCCAGCCCUCUGUGCGUUUCUUUUUUUGUGCAGAACACAACCAUAACAGACAUCCGUCCAGUUUAUGCCUUGUUCAUACUUUUACAAUGGCAGAGCUUUCUCUCAGUUUCAAUGCUUCGCUUUUUGAAGUUCCACCUAUACUUAUGGAACAUUUCUGUGAACUUAUGGACUGCAGUGAUGGAGAUUUAGGAUGGAAAGGUUUAGCUGAGCGCCUCUCCUCAGACUGGAUGGACUUCCGUAAAAUUGAGAGGUGUGCUGAACAAGGUAAAAGCAGAACAAAGGAACUGCUAUGGAGCUGGGCACACAAAAAUAAGACCAUUGGUGAUUUGCUGGAAGUUCUCCAUGAAAUGGGACAUCAGAGAGCAAUCACUUUAUUCAAAGAGACAAAUGUCCUGUCGCGUGUGAGUUUUAAGGAGAUCACAGAAGCAACUCAUAACUUCCAUAAAGACUUCUUGAUUGGAGAAGGACACUUUUUUGACAUCUUCAAAGCAGAAGUUAAGAAAGAACUAUAUGUUGUAAAGGUGCUAAAACAGAAGAAUCAAGACGUAGAUCAGGAAACACUGAACCAUUUUAUGUCAAAAUGGAAAACUUUGCCCAGAGUUCAACACGUGAAUAUUAUAAAAUUGGUUGGAUGUAUCACUAUGGAAGGAUUUACAUGUUUGGUCUACCCAAAUAUGACCAAUGGAUCGCUCUUUCGCAGACUACAUUGUGCUAACAGCACUACUCCAUUGCCUUGGCAACUAUUGUACAAUAUUCUGCUUGAUGUAGCACAUGCCAUUUACUAUCUGCAUACAAUGAACCCUUCUCCAGUUACAUGUGGGAACAUAACCAGCAAAAAUAUAUUGCUCGAUCAGCAUUUUCAAGCAAAGCUCUCAGACUUUGCCAUGGUCCAUUUGAGAUCUUACCAAAUAAAUCACAUUUACACCAUAAAGAUGGAUUAUGCCACACUACAGUUCCUGGGAUACUUGCCAGAGGAGUACAUUAGGAGGGGAGAACUGUCACCAAAAACUGAUGUGUACAGCUAUGGAGUUGUAAUAAUGGAAGUGUUAAGUCAAUAUCAAGCUGUUCUUAAUGGAUCCAAAACAACAUAUCUGAGAGACGUGAUUUGGACUCAAGUGGAUAAAAGUGGUGUUGAAUCCCUCCUCCAGUUUGUGGAUAGGAAAACGAAAAACUGGCCUGCUGGCGUUGUACACAAACUUUUGGGUAUAUCCGUUGAAGCUACUUCACUGCGUGCGAAGCAGAGACCCACAAUGGAAAUGGUUUUGGAAAUUAUUAAAAGCUGUAAGAGUGCUGAAAUGUACACUGAAGAUCGUCCCAAGCCACUCAUGUCAGUUUCACCGUGUCCUUGUCCACCGCCCUGGAGCCAUUCCAAUGUUCCAGUUGAAAGUGAUGAAAACCUGGACAGUUAUUUUAGUUGGCCUGAAAGAAAACGAAACGUCAUAAUCCCAUGUGAAUCCAGCCAGUCAGAAGUGACAUACUUAAGAGGCUCCAGGAAAUGUACAAGUGCAGAAAAUGUUAUAUGUACACCAAUGCAUAGCAGAAAUCCAUUGCAAAUGAGUGACCAACCUUAUACAAGCAGGCCGGUAGAGUGUAGCUGCUAUCCAGGACCAGACAGCACAUCAUACUGUGAAGAGUGUCUUACAAAUGGUUUUGGCCAAGCAAAAUAAAUGCUGAAAAAUGAAUUUAGAAUAAGAGAUAAUACAUAACAGCCAUUAAUACCCACACAUUUAUAUGACAAGUAUAAUUAGAUGUGCGAAAGGGUUAUCAAUCUCAUUCCACUUUUUACCUUCAUGGACUUAUUUAAAACCUAUCAUCUGUACAUUACUGAAUUGAUAACCAUUUAGAAGACAUCUUAAAUCUUAUUAUGUUGAUGACUUUUGUAUAAUGCAUUAAAGGGUUUAUGGGAGUAGAAUAUUGAUGAUCUAUCUAUAUAUCUAUUAAUUCAUCUGAAGGAUAGGUCAUCAACAUCUGAUUGAUGGGGUCCAACACCCGACAACGUCACCGAUCAGCAGCUGGAAGAGGCCAUGGUAAGUGCUGCGGCCUCCUUACAACAUGCUGAGCACGUUACUGUGACUGAUGAACGUGACAUCGCUGGUCUAUUAAGAGGCCGCACCACUCACCGAAACGCUGCAGCCUCUGCACACAGGUGAUUGGCAGAGAGGCCGGAAGUUGGAACCCAACCGAUCAGAUAUUUAUUACCUAUCCUCAAGAUAGGGCAUCAAUAUUUUACUCCUCUAACUAUGUGUAUCCAUGAUGAUAUUUAAUGCCUAUUCCAGUCCACUGUCUAUGCUUGAGGUUUAGUGACAAGUAUUUCCAUAUUGGAUUAUUUUUUUACCUCAUUAUACAAAUAUACUUUAUAAAAAUAGUUUUGCAGCAUAUAAGUUAUAAUAGGCUCUUGAUUUAUAUGUAAUUACCUGCAUUUAGCUAAGAAUCAUUGUUUAAGGCGGGUUUACAAGGCCCAGUUGUUGGACCAAUUAUAACAGGCCUAUGUAAUUGUGCUGCCGAUCACCCGAUGAAUGACCAAACGCUCAUUCUUCACAUGAAAUUAUAUUUCAUGCAGAAAAUGUAAUUAUUGUUUCUUGGUUUGCUGCCCAGAAACAAUGAAUCUUUAUGAGGAUUAGCAACUGUAGUAGCCAUCGCUCUUCCUCAUAGAGUGGAGGCGAUUGCUGCAUGCAGGGAGUUAUUUGGAAGGAAAGGUCCCUUCCUAAUAAUUGCCUGUUGGGCCCGGCCGUGUGAAUGCAUCUUUAGAAGUAUGCAGCUACAUACUGAUGAAGUAGGAUGUGAAUAAUCUGUAUAGCAUCCAUGAGCUCAUUGGCAAAUACCCAAAUUAGGCUGCUGGCCAGGUUACAUUGACCCAACCGAAAGUGGCAGUGGAGGGCAAAGACUUGGUGUCAAAGGGGUUCUCCAGGAAAUGAUAAUGAUGACCUAUCCUCCAUCCUCAGGUCCUCAGGGGUCCAAGUCUCCACACCAUCACCAAUGGUGAUUUUUCAGGGAGCCGCGACACUCACCGGAGCUCUGGUGAGUGCCGUGGCCUCCCGGCAGCUUACUAAAUACAGUACCAUACAUUGUAUAUCUACUGUGCUUGGUAUUGCAGCUCAGCCCCAUUGACUUGAGUGGGGCUGAGCUGUAACUAUGCUAUGACUAAUGUACUGUUACGUCUGUCACUGGCCUCUUAUAACAGUUGAUCGGUGGAGGUCCUUGGUCGCAGACCCCUUCAGAUCUGAUAUUGAUGAUCUAUCCUCAGGACAGGUAUUCAAUAUUUUUCCCCAGAUAACCCUUUUAAGAAGGUAUAAAAACAUAUGAAAACUAGGCACCUGUUAAGUCGAGGUAGUGAAUGUUUGCUGUAUCUAUUAUAAUUUUUCGUUGGUUCUCUUAAGGGUCCAUUCACACGUCUGUAAUUUGGGUCCGCAUUCGUUCCGCAAUUUGCGGACCCAUUCACUUUCAAUGGGGCUGGAACAGAUCAACAUCCACAUUUUUGGGAUCCGCAAUUCCGUUCCUGAAAAAAAUAGAUAACAUGUCCUAUUCUUGUCCGGACCAGAAAAGGCAUUUUCUAUUAUAGUGUCUGCGAUGUGUGGUCCACAAAUUGUGGAUGGCACAUUGCAGGUGUCCGUGUUUUGCAGAUCCGCAAAACACUUACAGACGUGUGUACGACUCUUAAAGUGAACCUGUCAACAUGAAUGUAGUGUACUCUGCAGGCUUCAGUAUAAAGAGCUGUAAUCAGGCUCUCAAGGCAAUCUAUACAAUAAAAAAUGGUAUUCAUUAUGUAUCUCCUGUUUAAUCACAGACUACUACAUUAUAAUCCUAUGAGUUCCAAAACUAUAAAAUAGUAAAAAAAAAAUUUUUUAUAUCAGACAACUACUUGCUCAAACAAGUCUGAAUUCUCAGACUCACACUGAAAUCCCUAUAUAUUUUGAGUAUAUAGGAGACGCUGACAAUGUGGGUCUGAUAAGACAGACUCGUUUUAGGCUACUUUUACACUAGCGUUUUUACGGGAUCCGGCAGGGUUCAGCAAAAACACUUCCAUUACUGAUAAUACAACCAUCUUCAUCCGUUCUGAACGAAUCCGGUUGUAUUAUCUCUAACAUAGCCAAGAAGGUACCGUCAAUAACUCCAUUGAAAGACAAUGGAAGACGGAUCCGCUUUCUAUUGUGGCAAAGAAAACGGAUCUGUCCCCAUUGACUUGCAUUGGGGGUCAUGUCGGAUCUGUCUUGCUCCGCAUCCCAGGACAGAAAGC